GGUUUUGGUUUUUAUUUAACCCACAAGUUUGUACAUCAAAUGCCAAGACAUUUUCAACUUUCACUGACGCACGCCCAUUAUCGGAGAGAGAACUGAGUCCGCAUUCUGCUCUAUGGAAACCCCCCAGGGAAUCGUGGCGCACAUGUGUAUAUUUGUAUGUAGCUAUUGCUAGCUACGGAUAAUCCCCAGCCAUCACUGGGUCCAAAGACUCUCCACCGGAAACUGUCCGGAACUUCACAACCAAUCGCUGAUCUAAAUUAACCACCGUCUCUAUCCCUCCUGCAGGAAUUCCUAGAUUUUCCCUGAUUGAGCCGUGUCUCCCGCCUGGUGGUGUUUGAUAUUCCAUGUCCUCGUGAUCCAGCAUAUCUUGGAUCAGUUCCGCUGUCAGCGGUAUGAGCCGUUGAUUUGAACCAAGUUUCUGUCCCUUGGAACACAUCGGAGCUACAAAUUGUUCAACUGGAAAGUGCCUUAGAACAGCGGAGAUUGAUGGAAAUGGCAAAGGCUUAUAGUAAAUAUAUAUUGAAAAAUGUUGUAUCUCUCAGAGGCCGAUGCCAGCUUGUCUUUAGAGAGAAAACAGAUUGAUGAAAAUCCAACACGAACUUCGAUACGCUUGAUAAUUCUCUCUGCCCUCACAGGCAUUGCCGUUUGAAUAGAUGUCAAAUAUUUAACAAUCAAAAAUACAACUCCAUUCAAGAUGACAUUUUUAGAGAACUUAUGCUCUUGCGUGCCCCUGCGAGGCAUGUGCCUGGCCAUGGGAUAUACGAUGCUGGCACAACCCCUAUUCAAUCUGUUAUGGGUAGCACAUUUCAAUGCACACAUCUGCAACGACAUCCUGACACUCGGUAUCUGUGCGGACUUCAUCAAUUUGUCCUCAUGUGUGUUGCUUCUCUGCGGUAUUUACCGGGAUAAUAGCAGCAUUCUGCCUCUGCACAUCGUGUCGAAGCUUAUUGCUCUGAUUGUGGAAAUGAUUUGCCACCUGAUCCUGGCAUCCGUAGAGAUGUCCCACCCCAUUACGAUGGCCAGAUCCUUUUUCUCCAUUGGAACCACCUUCUUUGACGUACUGAUUGUGCUGAGCUACUACCAGCAAGUGGAUCAGGACUAGAGCAUGUCCUGGUUACCCAUUAAACAGCAACAGCUCCGGCCAGGCCUAAUCGCAGCGUGUAGCAUUUUGUGGUGCGAUUAAACGCAGAUUUAUGGGCCAAAACUGUUGCGCAAUCUCCUCCACGUGGCCCGGCAUAAAUCGUGUGCAAUUGUCACCAGAUUCGACCACUGACUGCCGUUUCAUUAUCGCCCCAGUAUAGGCAUAGGCAUAGUCCGGCAUAGCCCGGCGAGUUACAUGCGUGCUAAUUGACUGCACCGCAGUCCCAGUCUCAAUAUGCACUGGGAUAUUCAGUGUCCAAGUGUCCAGAUGAUAACCGCCACGAUGAAAACGCAUGCUGGGCCCAAAUGAAAAUUAUGUUGCAAUGACUGAGGAGAGUGGUGCCCGCUGGCUGGUCACUGAACCAGUGCUCCAUCGGCGUCGCCGUCGCCAUCGCCAUCGCAGGCCUUAAUUAAUUUCGUUGAUUAAUUGAAAGUGCGCUCUGGUCUGCGGUUGGAUUUAUUUUGGUUUUAUUUCCCGUACCUCGUGCACGUUCGUAUUUUUGGCAGUGCAAAGUUGAAGGCGAAUUGGGAAAAAAUUGUGUCGUAUUCGAUUCGGUAGUAUAUUAUGGGCGUUGCCCUGGGCCAACCCUUGGCCAUUACUCUCCAUCUCGAUCUCCGUUCCUUUCGCAUCCUGUGCCUCUGCCCGAGACUCGAUUAUGGCAGAAGUUAUGACCCGCUCGAAGGGUAUGGGUAUGGGUCUUGGAAUGCGCCUCAAACUGAGGAUGAGAGAACUAUAAUCAUGAAGGGCUGUUGCAGAAUUUAACAGAGUCUUGGAUUUGGAUAUUGUUCUAAAUAUCGCACUCCUACAGGCCUCUCCAUAACCGUUGACCUUGUCUACGUUUCGAGCCUGGCUAGUACAUCAAGGCAUCAAGUUGGGCCUCACUGCCCUCUCGGGGUCUACGCGUUCACCGAUUCCAUAAAAUAUUACGAUAAAUGUCGCUUUCAACAUUUAUAAUCAAUAAUAAUUUUUGAUAUUUUAUGGCUUAUGCCCGCAAAGCGACAUUAAAUGCUCCUGCUGUAAGAAACAAAA